CUGCGCAGCGUGGCGCAGCGGGAGGCCGCGCGGCCGGCUGCCGGAGACCCGUGCGGGUCGGAGAAGCGCGCCCCUCAGCCUUCUUUCCGCGCCCCUGCGUUCCCCGUCGGCCGCCCGGAGAGGACCGGAGGAGGCAGGUGGCUUUCUAGAAGAUGACCAUAGAGGACCUUCCGGAUUUUCCAUUAGAAGGAAGUUCUUUGAUUGGAAGAUACCCAUUUUUAUUUCAAGGUUCUGAUACACCAGUUAUCUUUUCCAUUUCUGCAGCACCAAUGCCUUCAGACUGUGAGUUUUCUUUCUUUGAUCCUAAUGAUACGUCAUGCCAGGAAAUUCUCUUCGAUCCCAAAACUUCUGUAUCAGAAUUAUUUGCCAUCUUAAGACAGUGGGUUCCUCAGGUCCAGCAAAAUAUUGAUGUUAUUGGAAAUGAGAUUCUUAAGAGAGGUUGCAACGUGAAUGACAGAGAUGGAUUGACAGAUAUGACUCUUUUACAUUAUACUUGCAAAUCUGGAGCUCAUGGUAUUGGUGAUGUUGAUACAGCUGUAAAAUUUGCAACUCAACUUAUUGAUCUGGGAGCAGAUGUUAGUUUGCGGAGUCGCUGGACAAAUAUGAAUGCUUUGCAUUAUGCUGCUUAUUUUGAUGUCCCUGAACUUAUAAGAGUGAUUUUGAAGACAUCUAAACCAAAAGAUGUGGAUGCCACUUGCAGUGACUUUAAUUUUGGAACAGCUCUGCAUAUUGCUGCAUAUAACUUGUGUGCAGGUACUGUGAAAUGCUUAUUGGAGCAUGGAGCAAAUCCUGCAUUUAGGAAUGACAAAGGACAGAUCCCCGCUGAUGUUGUCCCAGACCCGGUCGAAAUGCCCUUAGAAAUGGCCGAUGCCGCGGCAACUGCUAAAGAAAUCAAGCAGAUGCUGCUGGAUGCAGUGCCUCUGUCAUGUGAUCUCUCAAAGCCCUUGCUUCCAAGUUACGAUCGUGUUACUAGCAAGGUGAUGCUGACGUCACUUGGCCUGAAGCUGGGGGAUCGUGUCGUUAUUGCAAGACAGAAGGUUGGAACAUUAAGAUUUUGUGGAACAACUGAAUUUGCAAGUGGGCAGUGGGCUGGCAUUGAGUUGGAUGAACCAGAAGGAAAAAACAAUGGAAGUGUUGGGAAAGUCCAGUACUUUAAAUGUGCCCCCAAAUAUGGUAUUUUUGCACCCCUUUCAAAGAUAAGUAAAGCAAAAGAUCGAAGGAAGAAUACAGCACACACUCCUUCUACAAAAGCUGUACCUCUCAUCAGGUCCCAGAAAAUUGAUGUAGCUCAUGUAACGUCAAAAGUAAAUACUGGAUUAAUGACAUCAAAAAAAGAUAGUGCUUCAGAAUCAACACUUUCAUUGCCUCCUGGUGAAGAAUUGAAAACUGGAGCAGAGAAAGAUGUUACCCUGCUUGGAUCCGUCAGCAGCUCCUCCUCUACAUCUUCUUUGGAGCACAAACAGAGUCACUCCAAGAAACUGAAUGCAGGUGGCAAUAACAAGAAGACAAUGAGCAAAAGCCCUUCUGUCUCAUCUAGAGCCAGUGCCGGUUUGAAUUCCUCAGCAACAUCUGUAGCAAAUAAUGCACGCUGUGAAGGAGAACUCUGCCUUGGAGAUAGGGUGUUGGUGGUAGGCCAGAGAACCGGUACCAUUAAGUUCUUUGGGACAACAAACUUUGCUCCAGGAUAUUGGUACGGGAUAGAGCUUGAUAAACCCCAUGGCAAGAAUGAUGGUUCAGUUGGAGGUGUGCAGUAUUUUAGUUGUUCCCCAAGAUAUGGAAUAUUUGCUCCCCCAUCCAGGGUACAAAGGGUAACAGAUUCCCUGGAUACUCUUUCAGAAAUUUCUUCAAAUAAGCAGAAUCAUUCUUAUCCUGGUUUUAGGAGAAGUUUCAGUACAACUUCUGCUUCUUCCCAGAAAGAGAUUAACAGAAGAAAUGCUUUUGCCAAGUCGAAGCCCGCUCUGCGCCGCAGCUGGAGCGGCAGCACCACGGCCGGCGGCCUGGAGGGGAGCGUGCGGCUGCACGAGGGCUCCCAGGUCCUCCUCACCAGCUCCAGCGAGAUGGGCACCGUUAGGUACGUGGGCCCCACUGACUUUGCCUCAGGGAUCUGGCUUGGACUGGAGCUUCGAAGCGCCAAGGGAAAGAAUGAUGGGGCAGUGGGAGACAAACGCUACUUCUCCUGCAGGCCAAACCAUGGGGUCCUAGUGAGGCCCAGCAGAGUGACCUACCGGGGGAUAAACGGGUCAAAGCUUGUGGAUGAGAAUUGCUGAGUUAAACUUCUACAGUAUUAAAUGAGCUCACACACACACACACACACACACACACACACACACACACACACAUAUAUAAUGUAAAAUAAAGAGUCCAUGGCAAAUGGUUUACUUUAUUUAGCUUUUAGCCGUUAUUUAAAAUUUGAAAAUAGAGCUAUCUUCAUGAAAAUCAUUAUAACAAUUCAGAGACUCCUUUAAAAAGCU